AUGCCACCGCGCUCACCGCCGUCACCCGAUCCCCAUCCUUCGAAACGCCAACGUGCUUCUUCUCCGGAUAAGGACUCGCCUUUCGACGGAAAUGCUGCCAUCUCACCCAACGCCGAACAUUCUUUGCACGAAGGCAGUCUUCAAGGCUCAAAAAUUGGCCAAUCCACCAGCUUCCGCAACGUCAGCGCAUGUAACCGUUGCCGGUUGCGCAAGAACAGAUGUGACCAGAAGCUGCCUAGCUGCGCUAGCUGCGAGAAAGCUAGGGUCGCCUGUGUCGGCUAUGACCCUAUAACCAAAAGAGAGAUUCCGCGCAGCUAUGUCUACUAUUUAGAGACUCGUGUCGACCAGUUAGAAGCCCUGCUUCGUCGUAAUAAUAUUCAAUUCCCACCCGCUGACAAUCUUGAAUAUUGUUCGCGACCUGGAACAGAUGGCGGCCUUGGGAGAUCGCCCACCGACGGCACACCUUCAGCCGUACCCGGAACCACGGAAGCCUCGAGCAGCGCGAAACCUCGUAAGGAUAAUGAUGAGAUGGAGAAGCCGGUUAAGAUGGUGAAGCAUGGCGGGAGCAGUGGUCAGAGACACCUGGGAUCUGCUACAGGAAUAUCGUUUGCGCGCGUUGUAUUUGCCGCUGUACAGUCAUCCGUGGGAGACCAAAAAUCUAGUUCCGACAAGACCGGAGUGCGGCCAUAUCGACCAAUUGCAGGAAACGGAGCCGCGGCUUCGGGCACGUCCAUGCGUGACUCCUUUUUCGGCCUUCACACUCGGCCAACCAUCAGGCCAGCUGAAUUCCCCCCCAGGGACCUCGCUAUCAAAAUGGUCGAUUUGUAUUUUCAACAUGCGAACCCCCAGAUACCUGUUUUACACCGGGAGAAUUUUAUGCAACUUUUCGAACGUGCAUAUGCUGAAGAAGGUAGGGUACGAGGACCGAAAGAGCUAUAUAUCUUAAAUAUGGUGUAUGCCAUCGGAGGCGGCAUAAUUAUGGACGCUCAGACGACUUCCUCCAAGGUGUCCGGAGAAGAAAAGAGGCAGGCCCAACCUGAAGAAUAUCAUGCGAGCGCUGUCGUCCAUCUAGAAGCCUGUCUGAGCAACAGUGGCGGAGGAUUGGAAGAGCUCCAAGCUGUCUUGUUGCUGGCUAAUUUUGCUCUUCUUCGCCCAGUCCCACCUGGAUUAUGGUACAUCGUUGGUGUCGCGGUGAGAUUAGCAGUCGAUUUAGGUCUUCAUUAUGAAGAUGGAAAAGAUGUCGAAUUUGACCUCGGUUCAAAAAUGAAAGGCGACGAAGGGAACGAGAAAACACGAGAAGCCUAUGUACGUGAGAGGGGAAGACGCGAGUACACCCGCGACCUCAGACGACGGCUGUGGUGGUGCACAUAUUCACUCGACAGACUUGUUAGCACAUGCGUUGGACGACCGUUUGGCGUAUCGGACCAAGUGAUUACGACAGAGUUCCCUUCCCUGCUAGAUGAUCGAUAUAUCACUUCGGAAGGGUUUAGGGGACGCCCGGCUGAGGGAGAGCCCACGUAUAAAAUUGUUGCAAAGCAUUACUUUCGCCUCCGACUGCUCCAGUCCGAGAUUCUGCAAGUAUUACAAUACCAGCAAACACAGAUGGCGAGGUUCAAUGGUCAAAAUACGAGAAACGAGUAUAUGCACACCCAGCUUCCAUCGCCUUUCUUACACAGAUUCGACUCGUUUAGGAACUGGCGGAGGAAUAUCGACCAACGACUAUAUGAUUGGAAGAAUUCUGCGCCGACAAAGCAGGACUCGGGUGUCGCAUUUCAUCCCGAAUUCCUGGAACUAAACUAUUGGCAAACUAUUAUCAUGCUAUAUCGACAGAGCCUGAGUGUGCCGUCCAUGUUCGAAGGCGAAUAUAAUACCUCAAAAGAGGUCAACAGCCCCUCCGUUUACGCCGCAGAAUCGCGAGAAGAUGAAGAGAGAGUAUAUGUCAAAGUUGCCGAGGCAGGUCAGAAGAUUCUUCGUUUAUACAGACAGCUUCAUCUUAUGGGGCUCGUCAACUAUACAUAUCUAGCCACCCACCACCUUUUCAUGGCAGGAAUUUCUUAUCUAUAUGCAAUUUGGCAUUCACAUGUUGUCCGAAGUCGACUAACGAUGGAUGAGGUUGAUUUCACAAUUCUAGCAGCUACCUCUGUUUUUACCGACCUUAUCGAAAAAUGUCCACCAGCGGAAGCUUGUAGGGAUGCAUUCGACCGAACUGCAAAAGCGACUAUCAAAAUGGCAAAUUCCACCGGUGGGUUCGGACAAGUGCUGCAUCGGAGCAAGCGCCCUGCAAGAAAUGGUAAUGAAAGAAGCGACUACAUCAACGCCAGAGACGCGACGGCUAACCGACAAAAAGCCCAUCAUCGCGGCUCGUUAGAUCAUACAGGAUCCCGGACCACUUCAUCCUAUAACACGCCUGGGCAGGAAAGCUAUAGCUCACACGAUACCUCGCAGAUGAGUUCCAUUCAAGCGGCGUCUCAAGCUAGCGGGUUCCGCCUCCCUAUGCCUAACAUCAAGGCAGAACAGGAUGGGUAUUCGAUGAUGCGUUCCAUGCCACAAUCUACCCUUAGUACGGCUAGCUUGUCUGAUGGAGCCUCGCUUCCUGACAAUUCAGCCAUCGAUCCCGUUCUUCUACCUUCCCCCGGCGCGCAUACAAGUUCUCCGGUAUCUGUCAACAGCUUGACGCCGCAAUCUAACCCAGGACAACAAUAUACGCAGAGCACAGGGAACUCGAAUUUCAAUUUCAGAUCACCAACCGCAGCCUUCACGCCCAGCGGCACGAUAAACUAUUCGGACUUGCAGGGUAUGGACUUCUUGCAGGGUAUCCAGGACCAGCCCAAUGCAGACGGCGUGGUCAAUACGGAUCUGCAAAUGGACAUGGGUUUUGGACUCGGCUGGGAGGGGAUGCAUCACGACUUUAGCGAUGGGCAGCAAGUCGACCUAUUUGACGGGUUUUUCUUCGGCGGACAGCAAGGGGGAGGAUAA